UAUGGCUAUCUCGCAAACUUCUUCAGUUAGUGGCACCAUUGUGACGCCAUUGUUGUUGUGAAACUGGAAAAAAUACAACAUGAAUAUCGCCUGGUUUUUCGGAUUCCUAAUAAUCGUUUUGGGCAAAGCAAGCGACAUAGAGAGAAGCAAUAACAAUGGCGAAAUAGGACAAUGGACACUUUUAAGAAAAUUGCAAAGCUUCCAAAACGCACCGAAAGACGACGCUAAAUCCGUGACUUGGAACGAUAUUUUAGCCGAAGAAUUAAUAAAGAAAAUAGGUAUAUACCCCUUCGACUCGUCGGAGGAAUCGUUGAAGAAGAAAAUAGCUGAAGGUAAUUUUCUAAAAGAAUCCUUGAGUCAGAUGCUGGUUAUAUACAAAAUUGUUUACGACAAGUUUGUAACGAAUGAAGUAGCGAAUUACAAAACAAUUGACAAUCGAAAGGAAGAAGUAGAAGUUAUUGAAGCUGGAAGAGAAAAGGAGUCAUGUGAAGGUUGUGGUGACGUAGAAGCAGGCGGAAAUUUAGGGAGCCCAUGUAUAAAAGGUCAGAAGACGAAUGAAGGAGGAGCUUGUGAUGAGAAACAAGCAAAGUUAAUACUAGCUGUGCCUAAACAGUGCCCCAUUGGGUAUAAAGCUGACAGACUAGGUUACUGUAGAGUCAUUUUCUAGAAUAAAGAGGAAUAUUAUCUUUUUGAUGACUUGAACCAAAUCGUGAUAUAUCAUGUUUUUACACAUGUUUGACCAUUGCACUAAUAUAUUCGCACUAAUAUACCAGAUAAAUAACGAAUGUGUUGGCUUUAUAGAUCUUCAGUAUAAAAAUCGAGCAUUAAGUUACUAGUAAUUUAUCAACCGAUCUUAGUACUUAGCUUUAAAAGGUUUUUGUUUGUAAAAAUGUAUGAUUUGAAUUUUAGUUUAUAGAUUAAAAUCAUCAUCUUUGCGUCGUAUCGUAGCGCUAAUUAUGAUUGUAGAAUACUCAAACUUUAUUUAUAUUGUAGGCUUAUGUUUAAUGUUAUUUUACCUAAACACAUUUAUUAAGUUGAUGAGACAAGAUGGGAUGAUGACAUUCGUAGGCUGGUUGGAGUAGGCUGGAUGAGAGUGGCAGAAAAUCGGGAGCAGUGGCGUGCAUUAGGGGAGACCUAUGUCCAGCAGUGGACGAGCAUGGGUCGAUGAUGAUGAUGAUUUAUUUAGGUACUCGAACUUAAGAAGCCAAUUCGUUUUUUGAAGAAGUUAUUGAAAACAAUAUUUUCAUAAAGUUAUACAACAAACAUAAUUAUUAAGUCUCACUUGCAAGGACAUUUUAAAAUAACGAAGCUCCUUCAUCCCUCUUCAUCAUCAUCCCCCUUAUUAAUAAACGAAGAAUAAGCUUGGAUUAGUAACUCUAUGUUUCGUCUCUGUUCAUUGAAUGACAUAUGGCAUUUGAGUGAUAUGAACAAAACACGCUUAGAUUAAAAUAAACAGGGUAGAUACGGUACGCUCAUACUAGCAUCAAAUAAAAUAUGAUCCGAUUCAACUACAUAAGCAACUCUCGCCACGCACACGUCUGUAUAAAACAUCAACCGAGCGAGCGAGACAGAACUGUACGCUUCAACGCAGCGUAUUGUUGUCCUUUUCUUGCUUACAAAAUGGCGAUUACGUAAAUAAUAUCUACGACAAACCGUGAUUUUUGAGAAAAAAAUGUUUUCACAGUUUUACGAAUGAAAAGCGUUGCCAAUGCAUUUGAUUUUGAACUAUUUUUGUUCUUUAUAAAAGCAUCGAAGGCAUUGUUUUAGCUUCAUAACACAGAAUAUACGCAAUAUUGUUAUAUUGAGUAUACAUGCAUCGUGUUUGGUGUCAAAUUGUGACUAAAGUGAAUUAUGGUCGUGGACCACAAUUUAAGCGGAUCACUUUUAAGCCACGAAUGUCGUAUCUUCCCUUUUUGUUUUAAUCUAAGAAAACACGGCGUUUUUAGUCUAAGCUUAUUCCUAGUUUAUUAAUAAGGGGCUGUAAGUUUACUUGUUUCCGUUUAAAUCUUACCCCAUCUUUUUCAUUUGUUUAAAAUAAUAUACAGAUUGAAUGAUGUUCAAAUGUCAUGAUUUUGUUUCCAUCUAAAAACUUUGCUGCAAACCUUCAUUAUCUGGAAUUAGUAUCUAUUCUUUUUAUAUUUAUACAUUGUUAUUGUGUCAAUUAGUACUUUUCAUCUUGUAUAGCAUUUUUUUAAUAAAAUACUUUAUCGUUAUUCCUGUGUUAUCCCUAUUUACAACCAAAUUACAAAGAGAAAAGAAACCACUCAUAAAUACUUAUUCUCUAAAUCAACGGUAACCAAUUUAUUAAAUAAAGAAUAAGUCGAACGUUUUAUAUAACACACAAUCACUGAAAAAACAAGAAUGGAAUACUGCGUCAAACGCGGAAGGGAUCCUGUCAUUGGCCGAAAUUACAACAAAAAUACAAUCCAGCCAAUUACAGAAAAGCUUAGCUUUUAUCGUUAUCUACUAGCUCGAUUCCGUGAGUGAACUAUAGUUACGCAGUCUUUUGCCACUGUUUAUUGAAUUUUGAAUAUCAUUAGAGUAAUGUGAACAAAACAUAAGCUUAAUACAUUCGUUUAAUGUUAUACCGCAGUUACAUUUGGUCGUUAGCUUGUAUUCGAGGACGCGAAAGAUAUUACUCAAAUUCGGGCACCCGAAGCAAUAUUUACACUGGAAUAUGGGCUGGAGGACGGCGCUGUCGCAGCUUGAACUUUUGGAGGGGGUCACUCACUACACUAAUAAAAAAUGGGUAUCUGGAAUAAAACAAACAUUAUUGCACAAGACACAAUUUUAUUUUAUACGUUACUUAUAAAAUAUUGUUAUACAAUCUUUAUCAUAACGACGCAUAUCGAUUUUGCUAGGAUUACCAAAACUACGUAGUUCGGUUCCUUGUUUCUAAACUAGUACUAGGUGUCAUUUCCA